AUGUCCCUAAUAAGAAGAACUGCCCAUUCCAUGUCGCCUCAGGCCAGGCCAUCACUCUCAGCCAUUAACACAACACGCCGAAUCUCACAUCCAGCCAUUCUCAGCCCAUUAACUUCAUCGCCAUGCGCCAACCGCAGGAACUUCUCUGUCGCUUCUGCGCUCGGUGAGACAGUCACCAUGACAGCCGAUGCCCUCAGCUGGGCUCAUAGCGCUGGCGUGCCGUGGUAUGUGGCUAUACCACUACUUGCUGUGGGCGUCAACGCAACCAUCCGAUUCCCUCUUCAACUAUACAGCGCUCGUUUGCGGGAGGCUAGAAAACCAUUGGAUCCUCUUAUCACAGCUUGGACUCGUCGGCAUAUGAUGGAUAGGAGCUUAAACAACCCUGAACUUCCCGAUCGUGUGAGAUCGCUUCGCGUUGCAGGUGCAGUUGAAAAGUCAAGACGGAGAAUAUUAAAGACAUGGGGUCUCCAGCGCUGGAAAAGUAUGGCACCUUUACUUGGAAUGCUUCCCUUUGUCACCAUAUCUGAGGCUCUUCGAAGGAAAUGCGGUGCACCCCUGGGUUGGAUCAGUCACAAGAUUGGCCUGGGUAAUACUGGACUCGGGCCCUCGAGCAGCAUGUUUGACCAGUCCUUGGUGGACGGAGGCUUAUUCUGGUUCACCGAUCUAGCGUCUGCGGACCCUUACUACGGGCUUCCUGCCAUCUGCUCGGGUAUUCUGGUAUGGAGUAUAUGGGCGAGGAUGCCCAAGGAACAAAUCCAGGCACUAUUGCGAAUCCAGCCCCCAGGCGCAAAGAUGAUGGUCGCCUCCAGACUACAACAACUCCUGGGCCGUGUCAUGCUUAUGAUGCCCCUACUGCCACUCCUCUUUGCCGAUCUGCCAAGCGCCAUCUUCCUUUACUGGGGUACAUCAUUUGCGCUUACCCGCGUCAAUGACUUCUUUAUUCAACGUCUUGUUCCACCAAAGACGUCAGAUCUGAGGGCACCUAAGCCAUCCAAGGAAUUCCCUUUCGUGCUCAAAGACCAAUCACGGAUUGCAAAGACAUCUGACAAAAAAACAAUUGAUUAA